UCUCUCUCUCUCUCUCUCUCUCUCUCUCAAGCAUUAUUAUUAGAAAGACAGACAGAAUAGAGCAGUGACUCCGUACUGACAAGUGAGUAUAAUAGAGAUAGAGACAGAGAGAGCAGCAAAUUAAAAUGGCGGUAAAGAGAGGGGUUGCUUCCGCCGUGGUGUUGUGUGUGUUGGCUUCUGUGAGCGUGAGUCUUGGUGAAGAUCCCUACAGGUUCUUCGACUGGAAUGUUACCUACGGCGACAUUUACCCGCUAGGUGUUCGUCAACAGGGAAUACUCAUAAACGGCCAAUUCCCAGGACCAGACAUUCAUUCAGUUACCAACGACAACCUCAUCAUCAAUGUCUUCAACAGCUUGGACCAGCCCUUUCUCCUCUCCUGGAACGGGGUCCAACAGAGAAGGAACUCAUACGAGGAUGGGGUGUUUGGAACAACAUGUCCCAUCCCACCGGGGAAGAACUUCACUUACAUACUUCAAGUGAAGGAUCAGAUUGGAAGCUUUUACUACUUCCCUUCUCUUGCAUUUCACAAAGCUGCGGGCGGCUUCGGAGGCAUCAGGAUCCUCAGCAGGCCAAGGAUCCCGGUCCCCUUCCCUGAUCCGGCCGGCGAUUACACUGUUCUCAUUGGAGACUGGUACAAGGCCAACCACACGGAUUUGCAAAGGCAACUUGAUAGCGGAAGAAAGCUAGCACUCCCCGAUGGAAUCCUGAUCAAUGGUCGCGGGGAGAACGGGGCGUCAUUCAACGUGGAACAAGGAAAGAGUUACAGGCUGAGAAUAUCAAAUGUGGGGCUGGAGAAUUCCCUGAAUUUCCGCAUACAGAACCACAAGAUGACUCUGGUGGAAGUGGAAGGAACCCACACCCUUCAGACCACAUACUCCUCUCUCGAUGUCCACGUUGGUCAAUCCUACUCCGUCCUAGUCACCGCCGAUCAACCUCCCCGGGACUACUACAUCGUGGUUUCCACUCGCUUCACCACCACAGUCCUCACCACCACCGGAAUUCUUCGCUACAGCAACUCAGCAGGGACAGUGCAGGGCCCGCCACCUGGGGGCCCCACCACCCAGAUUGACUGGUCGUUGAACCAGGCCCGGUCCAUCAGGACGAACCUGACAGCAAGUGGGCCAAGGCCCAACCCGCAAGGGUCGUACCACUACGGUCUCAUAAACCUGACGAGAACAAUCGUGGUGUCGAGCUCAGCCGGGCAGGUGAAUGGGAAGCAGAGAUACGCCAUUAACAGCGUGUCUUACGUUGCACCCGACACUCCUCUCAAGGUGGCCGACUUCUUCAAGAUCCCCGGCGUCUUCCGCGUGGGGAGCAUAUCCGACAGGCCCAGCGGCUCUGCCAUCUACCUUGACACGUCUGUCAUGCAGACUGACUACAGAACUUUUGUGGAGAUUGUCUUCCAGAACGACGAGGACAUCAUCCAGACCUAUCAUCUUGAUGGCUACUCUUUCUUUGUUGUUGGUAUGGAUGGAGGAACAUGGACAGCUGGUAGCAGGAACGAGUACAAUCUUCGAGACGCAGUUUCGCGAUGCACGACGCAGGUAUAUCCAAAGUCAUGGACAGCAAUAUAUGUGGCGUUGGACAACGUGGGAAUGUGGAACUUGAGAUCUGAAUUCUGGGCAAGGCAAUACCUGGGCCAACAAUUCUAUAUGAGAGUGUACACAACAUCCACUUCCCUCAGAGAUGAAUACCCUAUUCCCAAGAAUGCUCUUCUCUGUGGAAAGGCCUCUGGCCGACACACCCGACCCCUCUAAUUCCACCCUAUAUAUCACUUGACCACACCUCGAGGUCUCAUUCUUUUCCACCAAUCCAUUAUAUGUUCUCUCCAAUGCUCACUACAUUUUACCCCUAGGAAUUC